CAGAGGAGGGUUGGCCACAUGUUAAGCUAAAGAAUUUUAAGCAUAGGAGGGUGGUGGUGGAGGUGGAGGAGGAGUAGGAGGAGGAUGAGGGGGAGGAGGAGAAGGAGGAUGAGGAGGAGGAGGAGGAGGAGGAGGAGGAGGAGGAGGAGGAGGAGGAGGAGGAGGAGGAGGAGGAGGAGGAGGAGGAGGAGGAGGAGGAGGAGGAGGAGGAGGAGGAGGAGGAGGAUGAGGAGAGGAUGGAGGAGCAGGAGGAGAGGAGCUUUGAGGAGGUGGAUGAUGACUUCGAGGAAUCAGUGGAGACCGAAGCAAGGAUAGCAAGACUAGUAGUGAGGAAAUGCUUCAAACU